AUGCUCAUGUCUGGCCCCGAGUACCUAGGGACAACCGUGCUGGUCUUCGCCUGGUUUCUUGCUGCUGUCGCUAUCUGUAUCGUUGGCACCAGAUUAUAUAUCCGGUGGAGAAUCGUCGGGAAAUAUACUGUUGAAGAUGGACUCAUUUUGGUCGCACUUGCCCUUGGAAUAGGAAAUUCCACGUUUCUAACAAUUUCCACUCACUGGGGACUGGGAACCCAUAUAGCAGAGCUCUCGAAGGAGCAAAUUAAGUAUACCGUGAAAUAG